AUGUAUCAACUUUUUGAAAAAUAUAUCACCAAUUUUCCUAUAGGAAAGUCCAAUUUUUUGUGGAUCUAUCCUGGCAUUUUAAUAUAUGGAACAAUAAUCAACACUCUGGUGUUUAGUCCGGAUUCAUUGGAUAAGCAGAAAAAUACACAUUAUUUAUUGGAACCAGGUAAUAUAAUUAAUAAAAUAUUUGCGUACAAUGGUAACAAAGUAUUUUUAACAUUAUUCCUUUCGAUAAUGUUUAUCAAGAUAUGGUAUAGAAAAACAAAACAACUGCUAUAUUGCUUACCGACCGCAAAUAACGUGAGCUUGGAGGAUUACAAUAGCAACGAAAAGGCAGAUAUAUUAAGAAUAAUUAAGGAGUACUUAAUAAAACUUUUAUUAAAAUAUUUUGUCCUUUACAUUUUAUUUUUUAUCAUAGACCAUGUUUUCAUUUUAACCGGAGGCACGUGUUCUGUUGGUAAUGGUAGUGUAAAAGAUGCUCUGGAAUGCAAGGAUACAUAUGGUGGUGAAUGGAGGGGUGGAUUUGAUAUUAGUGGUCAUUUUUGCUUUCUAACGAAUCUUAGUCUAAUUUUUUGGUUUGAAAUUAGAGAUUUUAGUCAAAUUUUGCAAGAAAAUUGGAAACCAUGGCUGAUUUUAAAGUGCUUAAUUAUUAGUGUUUUAAGUGUCUGGAUUGUAAUUCUAUCUAUUACAGCCAUUUAUUACCAUACCUUGUGGGAAAAAAUACUGGGUGUUUUGUUUGGGUAUGGGUGUCCAACAGUAAUGUAUUUAUUAGUGCCCAAAUACAAUAAAAAGAUUGGUUCAUUUUUGUACGAAUGA